CGCUACCCACUAGGAAAUAACAUCUAAUGUGCUGUACGUCUGCUAUUGGUGAUCGUGGCCCCGGUGACCUAGGCAGCCUGCUCAAGAGCUCCUUGUUGUUUUUCUCGGUCCUUGAGGCAAUGCCAAGCGUUACGUGUGGCAGCAUUAGCGGAGCUCCUAAUCACGUUUAAAUCAUCCUUGUCACUGGACCGGUGAGCCGCAUUGGGGUUCCUGCUGGCUGGGUUGAAGGCAGCAGUUCCUGCAUACAGGUGCGGGAUUAUGGGCUCUGAGAGCAGCUCAAUGAGGGGUUUUACUCUGCAGGAGCCGCCAUGGACACAUCCUUCGGGGCUCACCAUAUAUCCUGCUCAGCUGCAGGAGGGACGCCCGGCCUCUGUAUUUGUGUAUCAACCGGACAAUCAGGACAAGGUGGACAAGGCUGCCAAGCAUUUGAAAACCUUACGUCAUCCAUGUCUUCUGCGAUUUUUGUCAUGUACUAUGGAGGAUGGUAUCUACCUUGUGACUGAGCGGGUGCAGCCUGUGGAAAUGCACCUCCAGAAACUUUCGGCUAAUGAAAUCUGUGCUGGUAUCUAUGAUAUUCUUCAAGCUAUAGUAUUUCUACAUGAAAGGGGAAAGGUUUCUCAUAACAACAUUUGCUUGUCUUCUGUGUUUGUAAGUGAAGACGGACAUUGGAAAUUGGGUGGAAUGGAAAUGGUCUGUAAACUGACAGAGGUGGUUCCAGAGUCAGCAGAGUUUGGAGUCUUACCAUUAUCUUUAAGCCAUGCUCGGGAUGCUUUCUUGUUUGGACGGUUGGUUGAAAGUCUUCUGGCACAUGUGGGAGAUCACUUUCUCACAGACAGUCAAAAAGAACAUCUGGAGAAGGAUCUGUGUCCUCAAGAGAUAGAGGAUGCAAUCAAGGCCUGUUCAGCUGAAGUGCUUUCUAGCUUCAAGAACACUGUUAAGAAAUUACUCAUGAACCCUGAACCAGAGUGCCGACCUGCUCUGUCCACUUUGCUGAACCAUGACUUUUUUAGAAAUGAUUUUCUCAAAACUGUCAACUUCUUAGAAAGUUUAACAGUGAAAACUGAAGAGGAGAAGAACGAGUUUUUCAACACUCUAUUGGACAGAGUAUCUCCUUUGCCAGAAGAGCUCAUCUCCUCAAGAUUGGUUCCUCUUCUUCUAAAUCCGUUUGUAUUUGCUGAGCCUAUGGCAGUAAAAAGUUUCUUGCCUCAUCUUCUCAGGCCUAAAAGAGAUAUUAUGGGGAGAAACCGUGAAGGUUGCCUUCUGUCCCCAGCUCUCUUUCAGGCCAAAGUCAUCCCAGUAUUGAUGAAAAUGUUUGAGGUACAUGAAGAACAUGUUCGGGUGGUUUUGCUGACCCAUAUAGAUGCAUAUGGUGAGCUCUUCACAUUAAAAGAACUAAAAGACAUUAUCCUUCCACAAGUUCUUCUUGGUUUACGUGACACAAGUGACUUACUAGUGUCUGUAACCCUUCGUGGCCUGGCAGCUUUGGUGUGUUUACUAGGACCAGAAGUAGUUGUUGGUGGUGGAAGGGUUAAGAUUUUCAAAAGUACUACCCCUGGAUUUACAAAAAUUACAGACACAACUCCUGACGGUUCUCCAAUACAUGCUGCUAAUAAUCAUCUCAACCUAGCAACACAGAACAGCUUAUCAACUCUGCUAGCUAAAAGCAACUUUCCAGGAGUUAAUCUGAAUUGUUUGACUAAUGAAGACUUGCAUUUACAAGAUUCUUUAAAGGAGUUCAGAAGGAAGGAUUUUCCAACUGAAAGAAGUCAUUUGUCACGGUCAAUGAAUGAUCUUCUUGGAGUCCACACAACCUUCUCCCUUAAAUCUGAGGUACAGCAGUCACCAGAAGAUUGGCCUGAAUGGACUGAAUCAGAUGGUUUCAUGAGUGACAACUAUGUCAACAUCCAGCAAAAUACAAAAGAAAUGGGUGAUAAUCCGGAUCCUAAACAGUGGGUUGACGAUUGUCCUAAACCUGGAACUGCUCAUGUCUCAAAUCAAGCAAGUGUAUAUUUAAAUGACAAAGGAUUUUUAAGUUGGAAUGCUGCUUUUAGCUUGGAUAAUAUUGCAGACAGCAGUAAUUCCCACUCUCACAAACAGUCACCAUCAAUAGUACUAGCGACAAAACCUGCACAGGAAAAAGUGUCAGAAAAGAACGUGGAGUCCUGGAAUACAUUAGGGGAUGAAUUCACAAUAAAGGUCAAGAGCAAAAGCAAAGAUCCAGAAUUGGAUUGGUUUGCUGACAUGGCACCGGAAAUAGAUCUUUCUACUGCUUUUUCUUCUCUUGGCUACCAUGAAGAGACUGUAAAUGAGUUGGAUCCCAAUUUAGAUCCAAACGAUAAACAAUCAACUACAAUUUCAAAAAAAUUUGCUGCUGCUGUUAUUGAAGAGACAGAAACUGAAGGCUGGGAUGAAGAGAAUGAUUUUGGUUGGGAGGAAGAUUCUAAGAACUGGUGAUAGGCUCGAGAUUAUCAACUAUAAUAUUUAUUAUAGAGGGAAACUGCCUCCUAUUUUGCUGUGUGUUGACCACACUUUUGACCUGUCGUGCAAAAUGCUACAUGUUGGCCAGUGGCAUUGAUUCUACUAAUCUCAUUGAUUGGUGUUUACUUCUCUUGAUUUAGAAGUAAUUAAAUAUCUGAAGUAAUAUUACAUAUUUUCGAGAACAAAGGUUAUAAAGGGGUUUUCUUGCAAUGAUUAUUAAUGACUGCAAGCAACUUGUCUUAGAAUGUGACCUGUACAGGUUGCCUCCAAUCACGGAGCAGAGUGGGAGGAGAUGAGGGACAGGGGACUUGUUAUACAUUGGUCCAUGGCUUACCUUUAAACUGGUGAACAUUUUUGUCCAGCCCAUACUACACAGGAUAGUUACAGUUCUCUCUAUUGUAAAUCAGGAACUCUGCUGUAUAAUACUGUAUAUAGUAAUAUUAUGAUCCUUUGUGCAAUAUGUUGGCAUGGCUGAGCAGCUCGACAGGAAUGUCGAGGUCAUGCCCUGUUCCUCUGACAAAAAAACAGCUGUCAUAUCAAACAUAGGUUCGCAUCAUUACCAUUUAUUGCCCUACAAUACACAGCAAUUAAGCAAUCAUUCCUGUUACAUGAACCAAUGUAAAGUGUAGGCAACCCAUCUUAGUCACAUUCUAGGACAUGUUGCUUGCAGUCAUUAAUAACCAUUCAAGGAGA